AUGUGCGACGCAGUGCCUAGACGACAAACUGUUCCAGCCAACUGGCUGCUGCUGAUGGCGCUGCUGGGAGCUGCUGUGGCCGGUGCCGAGGAGCCUGAUGUAGCAUGGAUGGCGCCAUUGCGGCAGCAAUAUGGCUGGGAUACAAAUCAAUUGAAGAACAAAGUGCAGCAAGGUGAUGUGACCACAUACGAGCUGGGCACGCCCAAUUAUCAGAUCCUCAAUCCGGAAGAUGAGCCAGAGUUCAUAACCGAGGAUCAGCCGCACUAUCGUGAGCUGCUACGGCGUUUGACCAGCUCCGCCAAUGCCACCGAUACCAUAGACGUGGCCAUGCCCAAUGCCAAUGCCAGUGGGCGUGGCAGUGCCACAGCCAUCGACAAGUCCAAGCCGACGGCAACUGGCGAAUGGGAAAAGCUGAAAAAGCGCAGCUUUAACCAGGAGCCACAAGUGAGUGAGCGCCAGGACGAGGUGGAAGCCAUGCCGCUCGAUGAGAGAAGCCGCCAUCCCAGGGCACAAGUCUAUGCCGGCGCCAAGCCAUUUCAGACACGCAUCGCCAACAUGAGUUAG